AUGCCCAACGAGCCCGACCCUCCUCCGGCUAAAAGAUUCAAGCCGGGGUCCGUUUUCUUCCGUCAACAGAGGAACAAACCUGGAAUGCUGCUGCCGAGAAAGGGACAUGGAAGCACGCCGAUAGACGUCCAGAGGAGACAGCUCCCGAUCUACCAGGCGAAACCUCAGCUCCUCAACCAGCUGAGACAGCUCCACAACGCCGUCCUCAUAGGGGAGACUGGCUCUGGGAAGACCACCCAGAUCCCCCAGUAUCUGUAUGAGGCCGGCAUAGGACGAGCAGGCAUCAUCGCCAUCACUCAGCCCCGGCGAGUGGCUGCUGUCUCGCUGGCGGGAAGAGUGGCAGAGGAGAAGAGGACUCCGCUCGGCAAGCUGGUUGGUUACACUGUGCGCUUUGAGGACGUCACCUCCUCCGAGACCAAGCUGAAGUUCAUGACGGACGGCAUGCUUCUGCGGGAGGCCAUCGGAGACCCCCUGCUGCUGCGCUACACCGUGGUGGUCCUGGACGAAGCUCACGAGCGCACCGUGCACACUGAUGUGCUGUUUGGCGUGGUCAAGACGGCUCAACGCCGGCGCAGAGAACUUAAUAAGAUUCCCCUGAAGGUCAUAGUGAUGUCUGCCACGAUGGAUGUGGAUUUGUUCUCGGAGUACUUUAACAAGUCACCUGUACUGUACCUGGAGGGCAGGCAGCAUCCCAUUCAGAUCUACUACACCAAGCAGCCCCAGUCAGACUACCUGCAGGCUGCGCUGGUCUCCAUCUUCCAGAUCCAUCAGGAAGCCCCUCCGUCCCAUGACAUCUUAGUCUUCAUGACGGGUCAGGAGGAGAUUGAGGCUCUGGCGAGGACAUGCCGGGACAUCUCCAAGCAUCUGCCCGACGGCUGUGGUCCCAUUGUAGUUAUCCCUCUGUACGCAUCGCUGCCCCCAACGCAGCAGCUCAGGGUUUUCCAGCCAGCGCCCAAGGGGAGCAGGAAGGUCAUCCUCUCAACCAACAUCGCCGAAACGUCGGUCACUAUCUCUGGGAUCAAGUUCGUCAUAGACACGGGGAUGGUGAAGGCCAAGCGUUUCAACCCAGACAGCGGGCUGGAGGUGCUGGCCGUGCAGCGGGUUCUAAAGCCCAGGCGGCAGCGAGCAGGUCGGGCUGGGCAGGAGGGAGUCGGGCUCCUGCUACCGCCUCUACACAGAGCCCAGUUCGACAACCUCAUCCCUAUGACGGUGCCUGAGAUCCAGAGGUGUAACCUAGCCAGUGUGAUGCUUCAGCUCAUGGCCCUGGGGAUUCCAGAUGUGAUGAAUUUUGAUUUCAUGUCCAAGCCGUCUCCAGAGGCCGUUCGCUCAGCUCUGGAGCAUCUGGAGCUGCUGGGCGCUGUAGAGAGGAAGGAGGGGCAGGUUUUCCUCACUGCUCUGGGAAAGAAGAUGGCCAGCUUCCCUCUGGAGCCUAGAUAUGCCAAGACCAUCCUGUUGUCCCCCGACUACUCCUGUGCUGAGGAGAUCUUGAGCAUUGUGUCUCUGCUGUCAGUGGACACCGUGCUGUUUAACCCCCCCGCCCGGCGGGACGAGGUGCUCGCUGCACGCAAGAAGUUCUCCUCCAGCGAAGGAGACCACAUGACGCUGCUCAACAUUUACAGGGCGUUCAAGAAAGUCAGUGGGAACAAGGAGUGGUGUCGGGAGAACUUUGUCAACAGCAGGAACAUGGGUCUGGUGAAAGAGGUCCAGGCGCAACUCAAAGAUAUCUGCCUUAAGCUGAAUUUGAAGCUGGAGUCGUGUGGGGCGGACACGGGGAACGUCCGCCGCUGCCUUGCCCACGGGAUGUUCGUCAACGCUGCGGAGCUGCAACCCGACGGCAGCUACUUAGCCCUGGACACCCACCAGCCCGUGGCCAUCCACCCCUCCUCCGUCCUGUUCCAGGGAAAGCCCGCAUACGUGGUGUUCAACGAGCUGCUGCACACCUCCCGCUGCUACAUGAGGGACCUGUGCUUGGUGGAUGCCGACUGGCUGCUGGAUGCAGCGCCAGAGUACUUUGGCCGUAAACUCCACCCCAGCAAGAGCUAACCAAUAGAGAAACAGGACUGGGGUACAUCUCUGUGAGGACACCUUCCUCGAAUCACCCACUGACGAUAACACUGGAAGAUGUAGUUUCUUCACAAAGAUGAAUUAGGGAUGAAGACACGUAUUGAACCUUUUCUGUGUAGUAACCCUGUCUGGAUUUCACUACCUCCCAGUUGACAAGCAUUUAGCAUGUGUCACUGCAGCAGAAAUCUGCAUAUUGAGGCCUCACAACUUUGACCUCCUGUAAGACUUUAAUUCAGAUUUUAUAAAUUGUGUUUCUUCUGCCUGGUAGUAGUUCCUCUUGCCAUUUGGCCACCAGGAAGAAAGAGUCUUUUUGAAGUGUCUUGCAUCAAUUUUUUCAACAUUUGCAUGCGUUUAAACAACACAGAUAACCUCACAGGAGCAGUUCUUCAAUAAGCAUCGUCUGAUAUGAUUUUAUUUUGAUAUGUUCGUUAUUUCUGAAAACAAAAAAACAUAUCAAAUAUGCUGAAAUGCUACUCUUCAUAUGUUAAUCCCACAGGAUAUUGUACUCAACUGUUACGCCACCUACCCAACCUAAAUAAGAAAUGUAUAGUAGACCGGUAUGGGUCUUUUCAGUGGGUUUUUGAAUAAGAAUGACGGGUUAACAGUUUUUGAAAUGUUAGCUUCUCAGAAGCUAAGUAAAGCAAUUCUGUCUUAAGCUUUCCCACCAUGUAGUCUGGGGUUUAAACAAAGUGGUCUUAAAGGGUUUUUUUUUAUAUGCAAGGGCGGUAGAUUUUUCAAAUCCGAGGUUAGGUAAACACAAGAAAAUAUGAAAAUCACCAAGUUUGGAGUUAGAAUAGGAGGUUUUUACAUGUCACAGUGACAUGACUUGGCUUUUAUAAUGCCUCUACAUGCAGCACUUGUCUUGUCAACCUGUGCAUGCCUUUUCUCACAUGUCCAAUAUGAUUGUAUCAGCAGCUCCCCCAAAUACAUGCACAUCAGGAGAAGUAGCAUGCCUUAUUCUCCAGGUUCUACUCUUUGCUGUUGUAUGUUACUCAGCCCCCCCCCCCCACAGACGUAUGCUGACAACAUGGAUGCAAUGCAUGGAGAUUCUAGCUAACGAUCUGAUCCCUCAGGUCUUUCUUACUUUGUAUGUAAAUCCCACCACGUUUAGGAAUAGGAUGGAUUCUCUGCUUUUUUUUUUAUUUUUACACUGGACUCAGGAUUCUACAUUACAUACUGUUACCUGAAUAAAGUACAUAAACUAUUUGUAACUAUUAAAAAUACAUCAAAUGCAUUCGAGGUAGAGAAUUCUCAGACCAUGCUCUAACGAGGUCGUGUGGGGUUUUUUUAGUCACAAAGGAAAAGUAGACCAUUUAGGAUCUGCAUGUUAUAAAGUUUGUAAGACCAAAUGCACGCCUUUGAUGAGUUUAUUUUAAGUAUACCUAAUAUGACUUGUUACAUAAAAACUAUUGGUAUAAUUUCUAAUAAAAAUGGAGUCACUGUCCAGCAGAA